AUGUCGAGCCAGAUCUCGGCGGCGCUCAAGUCCCGCAUUAAGCGGCCGUCGAUGCUGAACAAGAUCUGCAAGCCUGAGGAUCUGCUCCACCACUUCCCCAACGGCGCCUACAUCGGCUGGUCGGGAUUCACCGGCGUUGGAUAUCCCAAAAAGACCCCCACGUUCCUGGCAAACCAUGUCGAGCAGAACAACCUGCAGGGCAAGCUCAGGUACUCCCUCUUCGUGGGAGCCUCGUCGGGCGCCGAGACGGAGGACAGGUGGGCGUCUCUCGACAUGAUCGAGAGGCGGAGCCCCCACCAGGUUGGCAAGUCCAUCGCCAAGGGGAUCAACGAGGGCAGGAUAAACUUCUUCGACAAGCACCUGUCCAUGUUCCCCACCGAUCUAGUAUACGGAUACUACACAAAGGAUAGGCCAAAGAACAGCCUCGAUGUUACAGUGGUGGAGGCGACCGAGAUUCUGGAGGAUGGCAGCAUCGUGCCAGGAGCUUCAGUUGGUGCCACGCCAGAGCUCGUCCAGAUGGCAGACAAGAUCAUCAUCGAGGUCAACACUUCGCUGCCCAAGAUGGAGGGUCUCCAUGAUAUCACCAUGACGGACCUGCCGCCAAACCGGAAACCGUACCUGGUUAUGGCUGUCGAGGACCGUAUUGGCCGGACGUCGAUCCCCAUUGAUACCGACAAGGUUGUCGGCGUGGUGCACUCGGAUUACCAGGACCAGACCAUGCCCAACUCGGCCGAGGACGAGGCCUCGCGCGCGAUCGCGAGCAACCUGAUCGAGUUCCUAGAGCACGAGGUCUCCCAUGGCCGUCUGCCCAAGAACCUGCUCCCACUUCAGUCCGGUAUCGGCAACAUCGCCAACGCCGUCGUCGGCGGAUUGGCCAACUCGCAGUUCCAGAACCUCAAGGUGUGGACCGAGGUCAUCCAGGAUACCUUCCUGGACCUGUUUGAUAGCGGUAAGCUCGACUUCGCGACGGCAACCUCGGUGCGCUUCUCCCCCGAAGGCUUCAAGCGCUUCUACGAACAGUGGGACACGUACAAGGGCAAGCUGCUGCUGCGGUCGCAAUCGGUCUCCAAUAGCCCCGAGAUCAUCAGGCGGCUGGGCGUCAUCGGCAUGAACACUCCCGUCGAGGUGGACAUCUACGCGCACGCCAACAGUACGUGCGUCAUGGGUUCGCGCAUGCUCAACGGCCUCGGCGGCUCGGCCGACUUCCUGCGCUCGUCCAAGUACAGCAUCAUGCACACCCCCGCGACGCGCCCGACAAAGACGGACCCGCACGGCGUCUCGUGCAUCGUGCCCAUGUGCACACACAUCGACCAGACCGAGCACGACCUCGACGUGGUGGUGACGGAGCAUGGCCUUGCCGACGUCCGGGGGCUGAGCCCGCGCGAGCGCGCCAGGGUCAUCAUCAAGCAGUGCGCGCACCCCAUCUACCAGCCCAUCCUGCAAGGCUACUUUGACAAGGCCGAAUUUGAGUGCCUGCGCAAGGGCAUGGGCCACGAGCCCCACCUGCUCUUCAACUCGUUUGACAUGCACAAGGCGCUCGUGGAAGAGGGCAGCAUGCAAAAGGUCAAGAGCUGUUUAGCCUCCUGA